CAAAUUCUGAAACGCCGUCGUUUAGUCGCCCAAUAUAAUAAACGACAGCGUUUUCGAUACCAAUUCUGAGAUUAGACGUGCAUAAGCAUCUUCUCUGAAUCUAUCAGCUGGGACAAAUCGGAAAAAAAAAAGAAAAAAAAAAGAAAAAAGAAAUAGAAAACAAAGAGGAACAGACAAAAAAGACAACAGAAAGAGGCUUUUGGCAUCGAAUCUCUUCAGCUCUGCAUCGGUUCUAAUCAAUUUUCUCGCUCAGUUCUUCUUCUCCCCUCUCCCUCUGGUUUGUUGAACCCUGCCACGGGUAAAAGCUUGGUAUUUAUGUGGAGAAGGGUAGAGGGGCAGACCCAUUAUAUACCGAGUUUCAAUUUAAACGUCCAUAUUCAAGAUGGGUCUUUAGCAUAUGCUUUUCCCCCCUUAAUGAUGGACCACAAUAACUUUACUAUAAAGACUUACAUGGCCAUCAUGGCCGAGAGGGAUGCUGCCAUCCGUGAACGGAAUAUGGCACUAGAGGAGAGAAAGAGGGCUUUUGCUGAGCGAGACAUGGCAAUGCUUCAGAGAGAUGCAGCACUUGCAGAGCGUAAUGCUUUGAUUCAAGAAAGGGACGAUGCCAUUACUGCUCUUCGAUUGCAGGACAGCUCUACAAAUGACAACAACAUGGUUCCAGAUUCACCAGGAAAUGGAACUGAAAGUGGUGCAAAGCACAUUUAUAACCAACAGCAAAUGCAUAGAACCACAGCUGAAGCUGCUCAUAGUUCAAUGGAAGAUCCCACAGUUGGCUACUUGAAAGACACAGAUACUUCUGAAGCAAAGAAUCCUAAAAAGGUCAGGCGACCUAAAGAGAGCAGACACAACAAGCAAGCCAAGAUUCCAAGAGUAGGUAAAAUUGGCACAGAAAGUUCAAAUAUGCAGGUCAUAGCUACAACAUCAGAUGAUUGGGCAAAUCUGCAAGAGAUGGAUAGUGAUAAGGAAGGAGAUACACAGCUCACGUCAUGGAAAGAUAAUUUGGGGUUGAACCAAAUCAAUUUUGAUGAAUCUGCCAUGCCAGUGCCAGUUUGCUCCUGUACUGGGACUCCACAGCCAUGCUAUAAAUGGGGUCAUGGUGGGUGGCAGUCAGCCUGCUGCACAACUACCAUAUCUAUGUAUCCAUUACCUCAAAUAUCAAACAAACGCUAUUCCCGGGUGGGUGGGCGUAAGAUGAGUGGUGGUGCCUUCAGUAAAUUGCUUAAUCGUCUUGCUGCUCAAGGUUAUGACCUGUCUAUUCCACUUGACCUGAAGGAUCACUGGGCUAAACAUGGCACAAACCGCUACAGCACAUUGAAAUAGCUUCUGUGUGCACGUUGGAUUGGUACCUCACAAUAUGGAGAAGGCAUUGUAAGAAAAAGUGUGUUGUGGAUGAAAGAAAGUGUACUUUAAUACUGUGCAGGAGAUAUAAUACCGCUAAUUGCUAUUCAUUCGCAUUUUUUGAGCUCUGUCGAGUUCCAAUUCAUCUUAUCAGAAUGGCCACAUAUCAUGUAUUGUACUUUUGCUUUCGUCAAUAUAUGUUUAAUGAAUAUGA